GGCCUGUUUGGCAAAUGCUGCUCUACAUGACAGCGUGAACUUCACAACACUCUCAUUCGACCGGCUGCUCCUCGACUUGAUCAGCUAAACCUUGCUGGCAGCGUGAGAGCAGUGCUAUGACUACGGCUUUUCUCAGGAAUACUGCAACCUGGAAUGCCAUGCCCAGCAUUUAAAGUUCCGAAGAACUCUGACGGAAUUAGCAAGCACAAUGGGAAACACUGUGAAAACUCCAAGAGCAUCUGAGGAAACAAACACGCCGAGCCAAACGGGUCAGGAGAGUGACUUCCUUGCUGUUCUCUAUGACUAUCCUUCAGCAGACAUAAGCCAACCUAUAUUUCAUGUAGGGGAAAAACUACGUGUGCUAUCAGAUGAAGGAGGCUGGUGGAGAGUCCAUUCCCUUACAACAGGUCGAGAAAAUUAUAUUCCAGGAAAAUAUGUAGCAAAGGUUUAUCAUGGCUGGUUAUUUGAAGGGCUGGGAAGAGAAAAAGCAGAGGAACUUCUACAGCUGCCCAACACCAAGGUCGGCUCCUUCAUGAUCAGAGAGAGUGAAACUAGGAAAGGGUUAUACUCCUUGUCAGUGAGGCACAGGCAAGUGAAACAUUACAGGAUCUUCCGCCUCCCCAAUAACUGGUAUUACAUCUCUCCACGACAAACCUUCCAGUGCCUUGAAGACCUUGUCAAUCACUACUCAGAAGUUGCUGAUGGUCUCUGCUGUGUCCUUACAACACCCUGUCUCACCCAGUGCACUAACAACAACACCGUGAUGAAUCCAGUUCCUCCUGUGGUGAUGCGGAAUAAAAAUUUCAACUGGAGAAACAUUCACAGGCUGGAGGUGACUGAAGAUACCAAAAGCACCCUGGCAGCAAUGGAUGACUCUUGCCUCAGCUAUGGCCUGAGGGAAAGCAUUGCUUCCUACCUCUCCCUAACUGAGGAUGACAAUGCUUCUUUUGCAAGUGCCAGAAAGAAGAAAUCCCAGUCUCUCAUAUACACAGGGAACAAACAUAAGAGUGCCCUUCACUUGCCACCUAGAUACUAUGACGACUAAAUACAAGACAAACAGGAAAGAGCCACAAACUGACGAGUUAGGACGGAAACCAGAGCAUCCUGUGGUCCUGCCAUCCUUCAACAGCUGGGAAAUACAAUCUGCUAAGCUGGUGACCAAACACCAGCAGUGCUUUUGCAUUUCCUCUUCUGAAGACCUUCUCAAGGGUGCUAUCCCAGCCAUGGCAUAUGCUGGGAAUGUCCCCAGUGCACCAGAACUGGUUCACAAGCAGGAUAAACUGAGAUAGACUCUACGUCAAAAGCCAAGUGGUGCAGGUGACUCCUCAGCAGGGGCGAUGCCCAGCAUUGUACAGAGGUGACUGCAUAGGGAAGAACUAACUGCAGCUCAAGAACUUAAUUUAAGUCUAACUCUGGUGUUCUCCACAAGGCUGAAAACCUUUGCAGAACCUAUGUACAUUGAAAUAAGGAGCAUUUUUCUUCUCAAGAUGGACUUACCCAUUGUCAUUGAGAAUGGGUCAGAGAGACAUCAAUAACCCCAAGAAAGUAUCUAACAUCUGGCAUCCAAGAAACACCUGAUUAUAGUGACUCCAUACUUAUCUUUUAGGAGAAAAAAUUAAAAUCACUGACUUUAAAAGUAGCAUUUAAUUCACUUGCCUGCAAUGGCCUGCAGUGUCAUAAAAUAGUCACAAAAUUAAGAAAAGGCUUAAUUCACUGAGAAAAGCAGUUCCUACUUAUACCUGAGAUGGGAGUUCAGGCAUAUCCAAACAUGUAAUUCAGCUGCUCAUAGUAAAGCAGAUAAACAGAGAACAAAGUGGGGUUUAAUUGAAAAGUAAGAUGUGAUGAUGUUGUGCCUGUCUGCAAAGGUUGGCUUGCAAAGGUGUGGCUUUUUAUGUGUACAGGGAGAUAUUUUAACUUUGACUUCUGAAGUCACAUAUUUAUGUAUAAUAUUUAUAUUAAUAGCAGCUUUUAACAUAAUUAAACUAAGGGAACAAUCAGUAACAGUGGAUGUUAGAGACUUUUUCUAAUUUCUUGUCUGACAAGAGCUAUGUCAAAUAGUAAUUACACUUUCCAUCAAUUCACUUAAGGAUGAGAGGGUUUUCUGAAAUUUCAUUUAUUUUUUUUAUCGGUAUGUAUCCUUUUCUAAGUCAUAAAAGAGCACGUAGCAUUUUCACAGAAUUCACAGAAUCACAAGGUUGGAAGAGACCCUCAAGAUCAUCAAGUCCAACCCAUGUCCCAACGCCUCAACUAAACCAUGGCACCGAGUGCCACAUCCAGGCUUUUUUCAAACACCUCCAGGGAUGGUGACUCCAGCACCUCCCUGGGCAGAAAAUUCCAGUACUUUCCUUUAACACUGCUUGUGAUUGCUUUCUAAACCAAGCAAUCACUCUUGUUUGAGUGUGUAAAAUGCUGCAAUCUUUGCUCUCAAGCUGAGAUAGUUUCAAUCCAAUAUUCUCUUGUACCUUUUUGCACAGAUUUGAAUAAUGAAGGUUUGGAGAAAUAGAGAAUUGGAGAGGUAAUAUAUAUAUAUAUAUAUAUAUAUAUAUAUAUAUAUACACACACACACACACACACAUAUAUAUAUAUAUUUACUCUCUAAACAGCUCUUAGGACAAAUGUAGGUGCUCUUUAGAUCUUGUAUAUGGUCAUUUGCACUAGCAAGAAAGGUUCAGAGAUCAAAAUAUUUCACAGCCUGUUUAAACAUAUUUCAGGACUUAAAGGAUGAAUAUAAUUUGGCUGGUAAACAUUGGACUCCAAAAAGCAAAACACACUCAGGAACUCUAGGCAUUUGUACAAUCUAAUUACUGUUACUGAUAAUCAAUCCAUUAUGGUGACUGCAUUUUAUCCAUGAAAUGUGUAUGGGGAGCAUUUCAGAUUUCUAAGUCAUUACUUGUAUUUAUUCAUUAAAAUAAUAUUCAGUA